GCUUUGUCGUUCUACUCCGCUUGGUUGCGUUAGGGCGCCUCGGCGCCCUGACCCUCCUUGUCGGUAGUAGUUCCUGGCCGGCCUUCGUGGCCGCGCCAACCCCCUGUGGCGCCUCCAUGGCGUCCCUGGCGUUGCUUAGGUCAGCUGUAGUGCGUCAGUACUGCUCUGGCUGCGGCGCGCCACUCAGUCGGCGGCAUCAUCGUCGCCGUCCUGCCGAGCGGCCCCCGCUCUGGCAAUCUUUGCCGAACAUCAUGACUUCACACCGUGGAGCCUUCGCGACCUAGCGUGGGUGGCGCGCCUGCUCGCCGAUCGACCUCGUCCUCAUGGCUUCGCGAUGCUUCUGGCGGGGCGCUCGCUGCUGCCGGGCUUGCUGUGGCGUGUCGCUGGGCGGCUCUUUCGGUAACGGAGGGCCGAUUGGAGCUGCUGGCGACUGUUGCUGUGGGCUGCUGCCGCGGCCUGACGUGGCGCCGGGCUCGCUGCGCGUGAACAGGGGCACGCUGCGGCGGGAGCCAGGACCGGCGUCUUCCGGGCGGCGGCGGCUGGAGCUGUGGGCGCAUCUACACACCUCGUGGUGUAGCCAGUGGAGAGACCUGCUUGGCGAAUGCAGUCUGGCGAAGGCAGUCCAGCGAAGGCUGGCUGGCGCAGGCCGACUAAGCGAAGGCUGGCUGGCGCUGUCUGCUGUGCUAGGGUGUUGCGAGGAUGUGUGGACUUGGUUGGGCGGGCAGCGGUGCUGCGCCGUCCGGCACCCCUCGUGGCGGCGGCGGCCGCGGCGCUAGCUCCCGCCGCCAGCACAGCGGCAGUCGCAGCCACAGCCGCACUCGCCGCGACCGCAGCAACAGCCGGGGCCGCAGCAUCACCAGCCGCGGCGCCAGCCGCAGCCGCGGCCGCAGCCGCAGCCGCAGCCCGGGCCGCAGCCACACGCACACCCGCAGCCACGCCCGCAGCCGCCGCAGCAGCAGCGCCUCGCGUGGCACGAAUGGCGGGGCUUCUGGCAAGUUGGGCGGCAGCCACAGGGGCGCCUCUGCGGAUAACUCUGGGGAGCGCGUGGACCACCGCACCCGCAGCGGUCGCGUCUUCCGCCGACGGGCCGGUCGCGUCCCAGCCGGUGAUGGCAGCACCCUGACCGGGGAUGGGCGCACCAGCAGCAAUGCGCCGCGCCCGGGCGACGGUGCCGGCGACGGCGGGUGGAGCGUGGUGCCCAGCCGUCGCCGCCAGCGCAGUGCCUCGCCAGGGGCGGAGCCGGCCAAGCGUCAGGCUCUGCCAGAGCAAGCCCAGGUUAAACUGCGUCUCGCCUCACAGCAGCUCCGACUGGGUGGCUGGUAUGCAUGGUGGGGCCCUGCCGACUCGUCACGUACCGGUGGCGUCGCCAUCCUCAUCCGUGCCUCCCUCAUCUCCCGUGGCGUGGUGACCCCGGCAACGCCUCCCGCCCUCGACCCGGCCGCCGCCAGCCGCCUUCUCCUCCUCCCUCUCGCUUGGGGCGGCCACUCCCUAGUGCUUGCCUCUGUCUACCUUCCCUCGGGCGACCCAGCGGCCCAGCGCCGCUUCAUUGCCGACCACCUUGCGCCGGCUGCCACGCUGCCUGGCCUCAAGGUGUGGGCUGGUGACUACAACUUCGUAUGCAACGCCGCCAUUGACACCCUCCAUCGCGGCGGCCGCCUCCUGGACCCCGGCACGACCUCCCUCUUCGCCUCCACCUGCGCCUCCCCUGUGGACUCCUUCCGCCACCUGCACCCUACCCGCCGGUCCUUCACCUUCAUCAACCAUAUGGGUGCCUCUCGCAUUGACCGCAUCAUGCUCUCUCCGGAGCUGCUGUCGUCGCUGCGUGCGUGCGCCCAUGUGCCUGGCCGACCGUCCGAUCAUCGCCUGGUUGUGGCCACCCUUGCCCCAGUCGACGGUGCCGUCUCUCCUGGCCCUGGCUUGCGGCGGCUCAGUGAUGCCUACCUCGCGUUCCCCGACCUGCGCCGCUCGCUGCUCGACUGGAACCGCGGCGCCUGUGCCGCCGCCCCCGAGGCGCCGGCGCCGUUGCUGCGGUGGUUUGUGGCCUACAAGCGCGACCUGGUGCGCACGGUUGGCCGCCUUAACCGCAUCGCCCGUGGCCGCAUCCUUGAGGAGACAGCGGAGGAGGCGGCGGCCCGUGCUGCUGAGGCGGCCGCCCUAGCGGUGGUAGAGGCUGGAGGCCCCGAUGCUGCUCAGGCUGCUGCUGCGGCCGUCGCCGCGCGCUCCGCGGCUGCCGCAGCGGCGCAGCGCGCGGUCGCUCGGCACGCUCGUGCCGCCCGCCUCCAGUGGCUGCGCACCCGCGAGACGGCUUCGCCUGCGAUCACGCGGCUUGUGCGGCCCCCUGGCGGCGCCGCGCGCAUUGCGGCAAUCCGGCGCCCGGACGGCAGUGUGUGUGACUCCCUUCCCGAAAUCCCCACACAUAUUGUCGACUACUGGCGGCGCAUCAGUGCUGCGGUGGCUACGGACCCGGACGCCUGUGACCGCGUACUUGCGGCCCUUGCAGCAUUUGGGCGGCGCUGCACUGACGAGGACGCUGUGCGGCUUGGCGCCGACACAGUGAGUUCAGCUGAGGUGGAGGCUGCCCUGGCGGCGGCGCCGGCUGGCAGCACCCCGGGCCGUGACGGCAUCCCGGCUGAGUUGUACCGGGAACUGGGGGGCCCCACGGCACGCGUGCUUGCGCGUGUGUUCACGGCCUCCCUCGCUGCUGGUGCUCCCCCACGCGGCUUCCUCGAUGGCGUCAUUACAUGCUUCAGCAAGCCCGGGGACCCCCUGCAGCCUUCGUCGUAUCGGCCCAUUACGCUGCUCGGCACGGACUACCGCACGCUGGCCCGCGUCCUCGCCAGGCGGCUCAUCCCCGUCUUCAGCACCGUCAUCCACCCCGCCCAGACAGCCUUCCUGCCCGGGCGCCGCAUCGCCGAUAACGUCCUACUGCUGCAGCUUCUGCCGGAGCUCAUGCGGGUGGCCGAAGGCGGUGGCCCUGGCGGCGGUGGCGGGGGCGGGGGCGGGGGCGCUGCGGGCAGCACCGCUGACGCUGACCGCGGCGUUGUGGCCUUCCUGGACUUCUACAAAGCCUACGACACCCUGGACCGCAACUUCCUGUACCGGUGCUUGGCAGUCAUGGGCGUUGGCAGUGGCUUCCUGGCCUGGGUCAAACUGCUGCUUACGGGCACGCGCUCUGCCGCCCUGGCUAACGGCUACCUGUCGGCCUUCGUCCUCAUCAUUGCGGGCGUACGGCAGGGGUGCCCGCUGGCGCCUCCUCUGUACUUGGCGCCGGCCCAGGCCCUCUUCGCCUACCUCGACCGCGCGGGCUUUGGUGUCUCCUGGGCGGAUAUCCGCCUCGUAGCUACUGCCUUUGCGGGCGACGCUGCGCCGUUCUUGCGUCGGAUGGCCAACGUGCCUGGUUUCCUGGCAGCUAUGGAGACCUUCCGCGCCGCCUCUGGGCAGCGCCUUAACCUCGACAAAGUGGAGCUUCUGCCCAUCGGUGCACGGCGCCGCGCCACUCCUGCUCCCACCCGCGCUGUCGCUGCUGGCUUGGCGGCUGGCGGCGCAGCGGCUGGCAACAUGGCAGCUCACGGCGUGGCGGCGACCAGUGUGGCAGCUGCCGGCGGCAUGGCUGCCGGCGGCGCGGCGGCUGGUGGCGCGGUGGCUGGCGGCGGCCCCGGCACCAGCCACUCUGGUGGGGGCAUCUUGGCUGCCGGUGGUGCGGUGCCUUCUCGGGCGGGCGCGGUUUGGGCAGCUGCCGGUGUUGUGGUCACUGGUGGCGUGACGGCCGGCGGCUCUGCCGCGGGUGCUGGCGGUGCCGUAGCCGCGCCUGCCCCGCCCAACACAGUUGCUAUGGCGCAUGGCUUGCGCGUAGUCUCGCACUCGCGCACGCUGGGUGUGGUCUUCUACGACCUCCCACUUGGCACGGCUGCAGCCCAGGGGGCUCCUUCCCUCUCCCCUGCCAUUGGCACCCUGGGGACGCUCUGCGGCCUCCCCCUAACUGCCUUUGGCCGUGGCUUCUGUGCCUCCUCCUACGCCGUCAGCCGUGUGCUCUACCAUAUGGAGUUUGCGGGUCUGCCGCCGCAGACGGUUUUGGCAGACUUCCUCAUAACGCUUGUGCGGUUUGUGGACCGCCGCAUCAUCGUUGCCACGCCGCAAGGUGCUGGCCGGGCCCGACCUCCCGGCCUCCCCUCCGACUGCGUCGCCCUGCCGCCACGCGAUGGCGGCUUUGGACUGCUGCCGGUGGUGGAACACGUGCGCGCCCGACACGCUGUGUUGGCUGUGCGCUGGCUGCAGCACAUGCACGGCUCUGCGGCUGGCACCUACGUACCGCCGUGGACAGCCGCCGCCACCGCCCUGGUGCAGCAGCUACACACGGCCGCCCACCCCCUCUGCGUCCUGACGAUGCAGCGGGCGGCCGGCGGUGUCGGACCCGCUGCCGAUGGCUGUGCAAUCUUCGGCCAGCCGGUGGCGGCAACCUGCCCGGCCCUCGUGCGCCUCCUGGGUGCCCUCAGCUACCUGCCUCCGGUCACAAUCCUACGCCCGGCUGUGCUGGUGCCAGGGCCCUGGUGCUUUGCACUUCCGCUCUGGGGCAAUCCAGUCUUGCCGUGUGCGGCGGGGCUUCAGGCGGGUGGCUUGGAACGUGACUUCCCAGCUCUCAUGGCGCUGCCGGGUCUGCUCACGCUCGGCACGGCAGUGCGGUGCUGGGAGGCGCUGGCCGCGGUGCGCCAGCUGGUGGCUUCCAAGCCGGCUGGUGCGCUCGGGCCGCGCCUCGCACGUCGCUGCACUAUACAGUACAAGCGGUCCGUCCUGCGCCCCAUCCUGCGCAUUACGGAUAUGGCGCGCGUGCCGCCGGAGCUGCAGUCCGGCCCGGAUGCUGCUGCCCAGUUCUCCGCGCUGCUGGCCCGUGUACCGGCGGCGUGGAGGGUGGCGGCGUCGGCCACACUGCAUGCGCCUGGCGGCGCGGCCUCCGCGCCUCCUGCCCCCCAGGUAUGGCUGCUGCUUGCGCAGAGCCUGGGGUGGCGGCAUGGCGCGGCUGACGUGCCCUUGCUGACCCUUACGGUGAAGCAGGCAACCCAGCUUCAACUUGCGCCUGCGUACGACGCGCUCCGCGUGCGUCACUUGGCCUUCAUCCAGGAGGCCUACAGCGGCGCCGCGCCGCCAGCGGAAGCGAUUCAUGCGCUGCGGGCGGCCCUGGCGCGGCUGUGGGCGUUGGUGUGGGAGCCGCGACACAAGGAACCGCUCUGGCGUCUGGCAGUCAAUGGGUUCACGGGCUUUGGGAUGCUUGCGGCGUGGGCCGCAGAUGGACGCGUGGAGAAAUGCCCGUGUGGGACUCAGAUGACUGCUGGGGCUAGGGUUCAUCACUUCUGGGACUGUGUGGUGGCGGAGGCUCUGCGUGAUGUGAUGCGGGAGCAUGCGAAUGUGGACAUCACACGGAACCAGUUGUGGUUAGUACAGGCGCCACCAGGGCUAUCGCAGGCGGUGUGGGACAUCGUGUGCUUGGCUGCUGUGGCGGCCCUGGAAUACGGCCGACAGCGCCUUUACGCUUGCCGUGAUGCUGCAGACCGGACUGCGGAGGUUGCUGUUGUGCGAAGGAUCGGUGUGGAGGUGAUUGCGGACUUCUGGUCACGGCUAGCUGCGUUUGUGAGCAGCGCUAGCGUUUGCGGCGGUGGCCCUGGCGGCGGUGCCGGGGGCGGGGGCGGGGGCGCUGCGGGCAGCACCGCUGACGCUGACCGCGGCGUUGUGGCCUUCCUGGACUUCUACAAAGCCUACGACACCCUGGACCGCAACUUCCUGUACCGGUGCUUGGCAGUCAUGGGCGUUGGCAGUGGCUUCCUGGCCUGGGUCAAGCUGCUGCUUACGGGCACGCGCUCUGCCGCCCUGGCUAACGGCUACCUGUCGGCCUUCGUCCUCAUCAUUGCGGGCGUAUGGCAGCUCACGGCGUGGCGGCGACCAGUGUGGCAGCUGCCGGCGGCAUGGCUGCCGGCGGCGCGGCGGCUGGUGGCGGGGUGGCUGGCGGCGGCCCCGGCACCAGCCACUCUGCACAUGCACGGCUCUGCGGUUGGCACCUACGUACCGCCGUGGACAGCCGCCGCCACCGCCCUGGUGCAGCAGCUACACACGGCCGCCCACCCCCUCUGCGUCCUGACGAUGCAGCGGGCGGCCGGCGGUGUCGGACCCGCUGCCGAUGGCUGUGCAAUCUUCGGCCAGCCGGUGGCGGCAACCUGCCCGGCCCUCGUGCGCCUCCUGGGUGCCCUCAGCUACCUGCCUCCGGUCACAAUCCUACGCCCGGCUGUGCUGGUGCCAGGGCCCUGGUGCUUUGCACUUCCGCUCUGGGGCAAUCCAGUCUUGCCGUGUGCGGCGGGGCUUCAGGCGGGUGGCUUGGAACGUGACUUCCCAGCUCUCAUGGCGCUGCCGGGUCUGCUCACGCUCGGCACGGCAGUGCGGUGCUGGGAGGCGCUGGCCGCGGUGCGCCAGCUGGUGGCUUCCAAGCCGGCUGGUGCGCUCGGGCCGCGCCUCGCACGUCGCUGCACUAUACAGUACAAGCGGUCCGUCCUGCGCCCCAUCCUGCGCAUUACGGAUAUGGCGCGCGUGCCGCCGGAGCUGCAGUCCGGCCCGGAUGCUGCUGCCCAGUUCUCCGCGCUGCUGGCCCGUGUACCGGCGGCGUGGAGGGUGGCGGCGUCGGCCACACUGCAUGCGCCUGGCGGCGCGGCCUCCGCGCCUCCUGCCCCCCAGGUAUGGCUGCUGCUUGCGCAGAGCCUGGGGUGGCGGCAUGGCGCGGCUGACGUGCCCUUGCUGACCCUUACGGUGAAGCAGGCAACCCAGCUUCAACUUGCGCCUGCGUACGACGCGCUCCGCGUGCGUCACUUGGCCUUCAUCCAGGAGGCCUACAGCGGCGCCGCGCCGCCAGCGGAAGCGAUUCAUGCGCUGCGGGCGGCCCUGGCGCGGCUGUGGGCGUUGGUGUGGGAGCCGCGACACAAGGAACCGCUCUGGCGUCUGGCAGUCAAUGGGUUCACGGGCUUUGGGAUGCUUGCGGCGUGGGCCGCAGAUGGACGCGUGGAGAAAUGCCCGUGUGGGACUCAGAUGACUGCUGGCGCUAGGGUUCAUCACUUCUGGGACUGUGUGGUGGCGGAGGCUCUGCGUGAUGUGAUGCGGGAGCAUGCGAAUGUGGACAUCACACGGAACCAGUUGUGGUUAGUACAGGCGCCACCAGGGCUAUCGCAGGCGGUGUGGGACAUCGUGUGCUUGGCUGCUGUGGCGGCCCUGGAAUACGGCCGACAGCGCCUUUACGCUUGCCGUGAUGCUGCAGACCGGACUGCGGAGGUUGCUGUUGUGCGAAGGAUCGGUGUGGAGGUGAUUGCGGACUUCUGGUCACGGCUAGCUGCGUUUGUGAGUCUGCGUCGGCCUCCGCGCCGCUGGGACCUUGUCCCGAACCAGCACCCAUUCCUAGCGUCAGAUGAUGUUGGAGGGGUUAUCUUGGUAGGGCCAACAGCGGACUCGCCACCGGCCUCACCCUAGCUUGUCAGCUUAGGGACUCGCAAGAGGUAGUCUUAUGACGCCGACCCACGGCUUAGGUGAGCAGCGCUAGCGUUUGCGGUGAGCCGGGCCUGGGGUUCCUCCCCUCUCCGGAGGCGAGGAGCAUGGGGGUCAUUCGGGGAUCUCUCCUCGAGUGAGCGUGCGUGUCUCGUACGUUUUUGGGGCCCUGGCUAGUCCACGGCUGUCGUCCCACAUGUAACCUCUAUCAGCUUUGUACGCUGCUGAAGUUCUACUCCGCUUGGUUGCGUUAGGGCGCCUCGGCGCCCUGACCCUCCUUGUCGGAAGUAGUUCCUGGCCGGCCUUCGUGGCCGCGCCGAUCCCCUAUGGCGCCUCCAUGGCGUCCCUGGCGUUGCUUAGGUCAGCUGUAGUGCAUCAGUACUGCUCUGGCUGCGGCGCGACACUCAGUCGGCGACAUCAUCGUCGCCGUCCUGCCGAGCGGUCCCCGCUCUGGCAAUCUUUGCCGACCAUCAUGAUCUCACACCGUGGAGCCUUCGCGACCUAGCGUGGGUGGCGCGCCUGCUCGCCGGUCGACCUCGUCCUCAUGGCUUCGCGAUGCUUCUGGCGGAGCGCUCGCUGCUGCCGGGCUCGCAGUGGCGUGUCGCUGAGCGGCUCUUUCGGUAACGGAGGGCCGAUUGGAGCUGCUGGCGACUCUUGCUGUGGGCUGCUGCCGCGGCCUGACGUGGCGCCGGGCUCGCCGCGCGUGAACCGGGGCACGCUGCGGCGGGAGCCAGGACCGGCGUCUUCCGGGCGGCGGCGGCUGGAGCUGUGGGCGCAUCUACACAGUGGAGAGACCUGCUUGGCGAAUGCAGUCUGGCGAAGGCAGUCCAGCGAAGGCUGGCUGGCGCAGGCCGACUAUGCGAAGGCUGGCUGGCGCUGUCUGCUGUGCUAGGGUGUUGCGAGGCUGUGUGGACUUGGUUGGGCGGUGGGCGUGCCUGCACCGCCUGUGCUAGGUUGCGGGCGCUGUGGCUUGUGCUGUCUGGUGGGUCGGACCGGCUGAUCCUCGUGGUUCAGCGAACUUGCACGGCCCUGGGCCGUCUACAGGAUGCAGCUUCGGGCUGCACCCAACAGUGUGAGGGCCCUGCCCUGUUGGUGCUGGUGUUUUGGGGUAGGAGUUGCACUUUGCAAAGUGGCAGUCAGUCUGACGCCGACCCGCGGCUUAGGUGAGCAGCGCUAGCGUUUGCGGUGAGCCUUGCUCGGGGUUCCUCCCCUCCUUUAGUGAGGCGAGGAGCGUGGGGGUCAUUCGAGGUUCCCUCCUCGAGUGUGCGUACGUGUCUCGUGCGUUUAUGGAGCCCUGGCUUGCCCGUGGCUGUCAUCCCACAUGUAACCUCUAUUCGCU